AUGGCGCAACCAGGUCAAUCUGGCGUGCCAGGCCCUGCAGGGCGCAGACUCCAUAUCGCCCAUCGACGAAGUCCCUCUGAGCUCACCCCGCUCAUGAUGGAACAGCUGGCUCUUCAGCAACAAAUUGAAUUGCUUCAACAACAACAGCAACAAAUCGCUGCCACUCAUCAGCAGUAUGUGAACAUGGGCAUAAUCCAGCAACCUUUGCAAGGCAUGCCUGCCUAUUCCCCUGUCCAAGGGCAACCCAAUCUUUCAGGGCUCCCCCCAAACAACAACCCCAACUUCCAGUUUCCUCAGAUGCAGCAGCAGAUGGGAAUGCAGGGCAAUCCCCCAACUCAGCCUGCUGCUCAUCGACGGAAUCAGUCCGCCCUACCGGGUAUGGCUAUGGGACCUCCCCCAGCACCUUCUGCUGGCGCUGCCGGCACUGCCUAUGGCGACUUCAACCAGCAGGCUCUCGGGCAGAACCGUGAAAAUACCGGGGGACGCGGAAACACAAGAGGAGGCUCUGCACAAAGUGGCCAUGCACGGCGUCACUCACUCGCACUCCCCGAAGCUAAGAAGGCUGCCGAGCUUGCAGAGAAGAAGAGGACCGCGGCCGGUUUCCAGUUUCCUAUCCCAGGUGCUGCUGGCACUGUAGAAAGCCCGGUGGCGUCCACUCCAUCUGACGAUAGGCUUUCCACGCCUGUCACCCCCGGAGGUCUUGGUAUUGGCCGCGCUGGCAAUGUUCGCAAUGUCGGUCACAGUCGCAGUCAGAGUAUGGCUGCUGGAGGUGUUCGUGGUGGCGGUGCAGCUGGCCGCGGGAAUAGCGCCUUCCAAUUCCCACCUCAAGGUGAUGCUGGUGCAGGUAACCAGUCCGAUCUCCAACGCCGUGGAAGCCAGAACAGUCAUACGAGACAAGGAUCUCGAAACUUCGAAGGAAAUUGGCGUCAGCAGAAUAAUCAACAACCUACUGAUCAGACACAACAGCAAAUGGGCCAGUUCAGUCAACCUCAGGGCAUGGGUUUCCAGCCAGGCCACCGCAACCGUGGAUCGAUCAAUCAGUCUAUGGGCUCCAUGAGUGGCUUCCAAUAUCCCGGCCAACCUCAACUGGUUCAAUUGCAGCAGGGUCAGAUGAUGAUGCCCGGCUUUAUGCCUGCCGGUCAGCAGUUGAAUGCUCUGCAAAUUGCUCAGCUACAGGCAUUGCAGGGUGCCCAGCUCGGUGGCCUCCAAGCCAGCCAGCAUGCCCCUCCAAUGGGCUUGCAACAGCAACAGCAGAGAAAGACCCUCUUUACUCCCUACCUCCCCCAAGCUACCCUUCCUGCUCUGCUCAAUGACGGCCAGCUGGUUGCCGGCAUUCUUCGCGUGAACAAAAAGAAUCGUUCCGACGCCUACGUCACCACGAGCGAUCUCGACGCCGACAUCUUCAUCUGCGGCAGUAAAGACCGAAACCGGGCUCUCGAGGGGGACUUGGUCGCCGUCGAGCUGCUUGAUGUGGAUGAAGUCUGGGGCCAGAAGCGUGAAAAGGAAGAAAAGAAGAAACGCAAGGACAUUACUGAUACUCGCUCAUCAGGUCCCGGUCAGAAUGGCAAGAGUGAUACCUCCUCGACUACUGAUACCGCGUCCAUUGCACCAGAUGGUAGCAUUCGCCGACGUGGCAGUCUUCGUCAACGCCCGACACAAAAGAAGAAUGAUGAUGUUGAGGUCGAAGGGCAGAGCCUCCUUCUCAUGGAGGAAGAGGAAAUCAGCGAUGAGCAAAAGCCACUCUAUGCCGGUCACGUCGUUGCAGUUAUUGAGCGUGUCGCAGGGCAAAUGUUCUCUGGGACCCUCGGUCUUUUGCGCCCAAGCAGUCAGGCCACCAAAGAGAAACAAGAGGCUGAGAGACAGCAACGUGACGGUGGACAUUCGCGAUCCGAGUCUCGUAUGCAGGACAAACCUAAGAUCGUCUGGUUCAAGCCUACUGACAAGCGUGUCCCCCUGAUUGCGAUCCCCACGGAGCAAGCCCCUCGAGACUUUGUCGACAAGCACAUGGAUUACGCUAACAGAAUCUUCGUGGCCUGCAUAAAGCGCUGGCCCAUCACAUCUUUGCAUCCGUUUGGCACGCUGGUUGAGCAGCUUGGGGAGAUGGGCGAUCUUCGUGUGGAGACUGACGCAUUGCUGCGAGACAACAAUUUCGGUUCCGACGAGUUUUCCGAUGCGGUUCUGAAGAGUGUUGGGUGGGAUGACUGGUCGCUAAAGACUGAGAGUGAGGAAAGCUUGAGUCCUCGUCUUGAUCUCCGCAAUGAGCGGACCUUCACAAUCGACCCUAAUGGCACCAAUGAACUCGACGACGCACUUCACAUCAAACAGCUUGACAACGGAUUGGUGGAACUUGGUAUCCACGUUACGGAUGUGGCGCACUUUGUCAAGGCAAACUCGUUGGUGGACCGCGAGGCCAAGAAGCGAGGAACUGGCGUUUAUUUGAUGACCAGAGCCGUCAACAUGCUGCCGCCCAAACUGUGUGCCGAGGUUUGCUCCCUCCUUCCAGGUGAGGGCCGUUUGACAGUGAGCGUAAUCUUCAAGGUCGACAGCGAAACUGGCCAGAUCGAGGGAGAACCCACCAUCCAGAAGUCCAUCAUCCAGAGUUCAGGCAAAUUGUCGUACAAGACAAUUGACGCCGUUAUCAGGGGCGGCGAGCAAGCAGGACUACAAGGCGCCACCGUCGAGGACAUCAAGACUUUGCACAAGCUGGCGAACAAAUUCCGAGAAGCUCGCUUCGGCAACCGUUCUGCGAACAUCGCUCCGCUCCGACUGCUUUAUCAGCUCGACGAUGAGAAUGUGCCAGUUGAACAGAACAUCUUCACCACUUCUGCUGCCCACGAGAUCAUGGAAGAACUUGCUGCCAAGGCCAACUUCUAUGUCGCCCAAAAGAUUUUUACUGCCAUGCCGGACAAGGCUUUCUUGAGAAGACAAUCGCCUCCCAACCCACGUCGACUUCUGACGUUUGUGGACCGCAUGACUAAAGCCGGCUAUGACAUCGACAGCUCUAGCAGCGGCACCUUGCAGAACAGUCUCUUCAAGGUGGAGGACGCCGCUCUACGCAAGGGGAUGGAGACGCUCCUGGUCAAGACCCUUCAGCGUGCCAAGUAUUACAUCGGCAACCAAAUCGGAGACGACCAUCGCCAGCACUUUGCUUUGAACUUGCCUCUGUAUAGCCAUUUCACCAAUCCUUCGCGCCGAUACGCCGACAUUGUCGUCCACCGCCAGUUGGAGGCUGCUCUGUCCAAUGGCAGUGUCGAAUUCAACGAAGACUUGGAGAGCUUGGCCAAGACGGCGGAACAAUGCAACAACAAGAAAGAUUCCGCUCAUGCGGCACAGGAGCAGAGCGUCCACAUCGAAUCCUGCCGACUCAUGGACAAGAAGAGCAAAGAAAUUGGCGGCGAUCUCAUCAGUGAGGGUAUCGUCAUUUGUGUGUACGAGUCUGCCUUUGAUAUCCUCAUCCCAGAGUACGGCUUUGAGAAGCGUGUUCACUGCGACCAGCUUCCGCUCAAGAAAGCCGAAUUCCGCAAGGAUGAAAGAGUCCUCGAGCUCUAUUGGGAAAAGGGCGUUCCCUCAUCUGCUUACAUCCCUGAAGAUGAGAGACCUCGUGGGUCAGCAAGUACCAAGGGUACGAACAGUGCAACCGAAUCUGCCAGAGAACGUGCCAAAGAACGAUACGAAUCCCAACGCAAACAGACUGACAGCAAUACCAUGUCGACCGAUGAUGUUGAUGCGCUUUUCGACGACGACGAGGACGACAGCACGUCCGAGCUCACAGAGAUGGCAUCAGGAGUGUCUUUGAACAACCAAGGUGACCGAUCUACUCAGAGUUUGCCACCAUCUCCCAGCCGUAAUGGAGGCUCAUCAACCGGACCUGUCAGGACCCAGUCGGACUCCAGAAUUGCCAAGGCGGGUGGUAACAUUCCAGAGAAUAAUCUGACCGACAAAGAGAAGUAUCUCAGCUAUUUCAAGUUGAGAGAGGAAGGUGGUGAAUACAUCCAGGACGUGACUGAGAUGACUCGUGUGCCGGUCAUCUUGAAGACCGACCUCACGAAGAGUCCACCGUAA